AUGCUCGGGCUUCGGAUGUACCAGCGUGUGGACGAGGUCCCUCCGAUACACAGUUGGGGUUCAGACCCUUUGUGGAACACAAUGGUGCCCGUCACGGCUUCCAUGGUCCACUCCGCCUACUCGCGCAUGGUGACCAAGCACGGGCUCGUAUGCGCUGCUGAUGGAGAGCUGCCAGCACGAAGAGGGAGCGAGGGGGUGGGGAUCAUGGUGGUGGGAAGAAACCGAGUGAUUUCAAGAGUUCGGCUGCUAGGAGAUGUGGUGGCGGUAAAGGACCGCGACAACUUCGUUGAGUUCAAGCUCGAUGACUCGAGCGACAUCAUCACCUGCAUCCUCUGGAAGUCCGACGCCAUGAAGCCUGGGCUCGGCUAUGAAGGAGUGAAGUUGGGGAAGCACCUGCACGUUGGAGGGAAGCUCUCUCAGUACCGAGGAGAGGUUCAGCUUUCUGUCUGGUUCGCCUCCAUUGAAGAGAAUGUCGAUGCGAUGUCGUACUUCUGGGUGAAGAUGGUGGACCUUCAUCUGAAUCACUAUUCCAAAGCAAACACUCUCUGCAACGAAAUUCCUGAUCUUGCUACAGAUCUUGAGCAACCUCAGGUGAGGUCCAAACGGGGAAAAUUCUCGUCCAGCGAACUCGGCCAGCAACGUUCUGCGGCGUGUGACGAGAUGGAAGAGGCUCUUCUUGUGGUGGAAACUCCUGCUAUGAAGUUGGAUGAAGCGAUCAAGAAGUUUGCGUCAAGCUAUAGCUGUGACAACUGCAUCUUCUCGUUUGAGAGGCGCUUGAUGUCGCAGCUUUCAAGCAAGGGUUGGAUAGCACUCUGUGAUCAAGAGCAGGACCUUUACACCUACGUUGGGACCACCAAAGAAGUCGCCAAGACUCUCCUGCAGUACUUGAAGAAACUUGCUUCCUUCGACUCUCCCUUAUCCAUUGCCCUGCACGAGAUUAUCCAAGGCGUGCAGGACCAUCCGUCGCUUCGCAUUGAGAGUGCGUUGUCGCUGCUUGUAUUGGAAUCGAGUAUCACAAAAGAAGGAGUCUCAAGAUACGUGAUUGCUGCGUGA